CACAGGUACUGCGCAGGGCACGGUGUCCUAACUAUUUGGGCAUCUCAAUCCGGCUCUGAGAACUAAAAUUUUCAAAGGGCGCUUAACUCCGAACAUCCAUGUCCUCGGGUGUCCGAGAGUGGAGUCCUGGGGUCGCCUGAAGCUUAAGGCUACGUGUUCCGGGUGCCGCAGAGCCAGGGCACCGAGGGCUGUUGGGGGAGGCUUUGAGGUCCUGGAAACCUCUGGAGAGGAGCACUCGGAGACUCUGGAGCCAAAGAGCCAGGUCCCGUAGGUGCCAGUUGAGCAGAUCACCGAGCGCCCGGGCGGUCCACAGCUGGGCCGCCUGGCACUAGGAUAACGGAGGUACUGGGGCAGUUGUGCCCCCAUCUCGGCUCAGAGGCCUCCAGGUGUGUUUUCCACGGAAGCCCGCGGCAUCCAAACCGGCGCGGGCGGAAUUGCAGAUGGAGACGCCCAUCCAGCGCGAAAUCCGCCGCAGCUGCGAGCGCGAGGAAAGCCUGCGCCGGAGCCGGGGUCUGAGUCCCGGUCGCGCGGGCGAGGAACUCAUCGAGUUGCGCGUGCGGCCGGUGCUCAGCCGGCCCGGCUCCGGGACUCCGCUGCCGCGCGCCGUGGAGCGCGCUCGGGCGGGCGCGAAGAUGCAACGGGACAUCGAACGCGAGGCUCACAGGCAGGCGGCGCUGGCGAGCCCCGCGGUUCCGGAGCCCAGCGCCCGGCGGCGGCCGCAGCCGCUGGACGAACUCAAGCGCUUCUUUGAGGCUGCGGCGGAGGACGGCGCUGGCUUGCAGCGGCAGCCGGAGACCGGAGGCCGGCUGCACCCCGCCAUUCAGGACGGCUGUCCAGUACUGGGGCAGUUGCCAUCGCUCGUUGCCCCGUCGCUGCUGGAGCAGGAGGUGCGACGAGUGCGCGAGCGCGAGCGGGAGCUGCAGUUGCAGCGGCGCAGCAUCUACGGCGCCGCCGAAGUCGAGGAGCCAGCGCCGAGCCUCACCCCGAGCAGGGGAGAUGGAAAGUUGUCGGUGAUCUGGCCACCGCGGAGACGGGCCUCGGAGACCAGCCUGGAGAAGGAGCGCAGACCCUGAGGUCUUUGAAGGUUGGGACCUGCGGCAGAAGUAACGUACCCUUUGGAGAACCAGGGUAGGAUUCCUCUCCAGAUCAGCAGAAGGCCUAGAGAGGGAAGGGCCAGCUUUCUAUAAUGACAACUUUAAGUCCAACCCAUCCUUGAUACUGACGAUGGAAUUAACCACCUUUCUCCAUAGAAUUGUCUGGUCUUCCCUGGAAAACAGAACACCACCUGCAAACCUAUGAGUGAAACAUAAAAUAAACUCCUCCUUCCUUUUCCUGGGCUUU